CAGUCACUGUUUUCACGUGUUUCGUUCAAGUUAUCGCAAAUUUCCUCGUUUUAUGCGUGUUAAAGCGAUAGAAAAUGAGUGAAUUUAUCGAAAAACGCCGCGAGUUAUCCAUCCAGGAGUAUGAGUUUAUGAAGCACCUUAAACUGUUCACGGACGAUGAAAUUCACGGCAUAAAAACAAAGCGCUUCCAGCACGAACACAAGGUGGAACGCCGGGCCAAGGAGCUGCCGGAUUUUAUCAACUACAUUGUGUAUGAAAACAAUGUGCUGGAGCUGUUGGCCGAGCGGCGCAAAAAGCUGCGGGUGUACAGCGGGCGGCACAAUCUUGAGAGCGGCAUAUUCAACCGGAUAAGAACGCUGUACAAACGGGCAAUGGACCGGUUCCCGGCGGAGUACCGCCUGUGGACGCACUAUUUGAGGCACUGCGAGAAGCACAAGCUCGAGACGGAGGGUUCGCGAACGUUGGACAAAAUGUUGAACUACCACGGGGAUAAGCCGAAGGCGUGGAUUACCGCGGCCAACUGGGAGUACAAGCAGAUGAACAGUAUGGAACGGGCGCGGCAUUUCAUGUUCCGGGGGCUGCAGAGACAUCCGGAGUGCCGCGGGUUGUACGUGAAUUUCUUGCAGUUGCAGCUGCAGGAGGUGGAGAAGAUUUUGGAAUCGUCUGAAGAGGAUGUGGAGGAGCUGAUGGAGAAGGACGAUUCGCCGUUGAAACGAGCGCUGGAAUGUUUGAAGGUGGUUUACGAACAUUAUGCGGGCAAGGACCGUGAUUUGGAGUUUUUCGUUGAAGUUUUGGAUAGUUUGAAGCCAUGCGCUGUUACGAGAGAGUUUGGAUUGACUGUGCUGGAAGACAUGAAACGAUUGUUUGCAGAAAAGGAGCUCAUGUGGAACACUUUGGCUAUGCUGGAACUGAAUGGAUCACACCUGUUGAAGGAAACGAGCGAAGAGAAAGGAGUGAAGAGCGAGAGUUUUUUCAAAGAAAAUCUCGAAGGAUGCGUACGAGUCUACGAGAACGCAGUCAAAUCGCUUCCUACCAAGACUAUGUGGUCUUAUUAUAUUGACAGUAUGCUGAAAGUUAACGAAGAUAUGUCAUCUCAGCAGAAGCUUAGACGCAAAGUACUUGGAGUUGCCUUCAAAAACGCCUUCGAGACUGGCUAUCUCGAAGAAGAUAAAUACGUUCAGUACCUGAAGCUACUGAUCCAUACCGACAAACCUCAGGACUCAUUCGUUACAGAUGUUUUGGAUAAAGCUCUAGAUGCAUACCCCAGUUCCGUCAAACUUUGGGAAUUACGUCUCAUCUAUUUAGGUCGUAAGCAAGAAUCGUCAAAUGAAUUCGAUGGAGUGUUCAAACAAUCUCUGGCCAAAUGCAGCGGAGAUGUGCUACCACUUUGGGUUGCCCGGUUCCAGUACUAUCACACGCACCCGAAUCACUCCGAUCGCUUGGAACAAACUUUCAAGGACGCCAUCAAUCAGCCACCAACCAUUUCGAAGCAUUUUCAACCCCUUUAUCUGGACUUCCUAACCAUAACGGAAGACAUCAACACCGCCCGCAAGCAAUAUCGUCAAAUGCAACGGGACUGCUGCCCCUGUCUGGAACUUCACCGCAAAAUGUCUCAGCUGGAAUCCAUCCAGGCGCAACCCAACACCGAUCAGUGGCGGCUGUGCCACGAGAACGCCACUCAGUACUUUGGAACCACGGAUCCAUCCGUUUGGAUCGACUACAUCCGAUUCGAGAAGGAAGCAGGUAGCCCGAAGAAUAUGCCCCUCAUUUUCGAACGAGCCAAGUCACGUCUGGACGAUGACCUGGUAGCUGAGUUCAUCACCGAAUAUGAACUGCUGAGGAAUCCUUUAGUUUAGUGCUGUCACAAAAUCAGGAUAACAACUAAUGUAACAUUUAGCUAAUAAAGUUUAAUUUCACAGAAAAAUAUAACUUCUUCAAACGCA